UUGACACUAUUAGUUUUGAGUUUGUUUGAAUUAGAAACCAAUUUCUCAGUCCAUUUCAUUUUCUGGCUGUCGUCCUUCCUCUGAAAUAGAGACAUCCCUGGCUGCUUUACUUUUGUAUGCAUAUCCCGUUUGUUACCUUGUACUGGGAAAGACAUGUUUAAUGGGCAUUUCGAACGCAUAUUCUCGACAAUGUUUCUCAUCAUUAGUAGUUUAUUUGUGCAUAUUGCAUUUUUAGUAUCAGUGGUUGAUAUUUAUUUCAAAUCGCCAAUAGUUCAUAACAUUAAACCACAGUCCAGUCCUCUAGAAGCUCCUGCACGCAGGCUUGUUUUAAUCGUUGCUGAUGGUUUACGUGCUGAUUCCUUUUUGGGGGCAGAUGAUUUAUUUAAAACGAAUGCCUCGCACCUGAGGCAUGUAAUUGAGGAGAGGGAAGCAUGGGGCGUCUCUCAUACCAGAGUACCAACAGAAUCGCGCCCUGGAUAUGUGACAUUAAUUGCUGGAUUAUAUGAGGACCCAUCUGCUAUAGCCAAGGGUUGGAAAGACAGUCCAGUGGAAUUUGACUCUGUUUUCAAUGAAAGUCGGUACACAUGGUCCUGGGGAAGUCCUGACAUACUUCCCAUGUUUGCCAAAGGUGCAAGUGGAAACCAUGUUUAUAUAGACAUGUAUGGCUCUGCAGUUGAAGAUUACUCUGGAAGAAGAUCCACAACAAGGUUUGAUACAUGGGUGUUCAGGAAGGUUGAGGAAUUUCUGAACCGUGGCAAGACAGAUGCUGUUCUUAAUUAAAAACUUAAUGAAUAUAAAAUUGUAUUUUUCCUACAUCUUCUUGGACUUCAUACAGCUUCUCAUACACAUAAACCGUAUUCAGUGUAAGUGUUACAGAAGUGAGUGUUUUGAGUCAUACUCCAGUUACUUUGCCCUUUCAGCCUUCGGUAUGUGUUAGAUAGUAGAUAGCUUGCAGGUUCCAAAGCUGUUGUGGGCGUGAUGGUGAUUCAGUCUUGCCAAAAAUCAAAUCAUAGUUUUCCGCUCCAUGGGCAGACACUGGUCCAUCAGUAAGUACAGUAAACUGUGGGUUAUCCUGCCUGAAGUGCUAAUUCAGUGAUCAAAAAUUUCAAAGGAAAUUUACCAUUCUUAUAAGUUACUCAAAAACAUACUUGCAGUGUACAUAUAUUCACCCUUCAUUUAGUAGUUCUUGCAGCCACCUGUAGCGCAGGUACCUGCCUUUCCUUGUGAUGCAGUAUAGUAUAUAUGAUUUAAAUCUAUCAUCCAUCAGUCCGCCUUGUUACCUAGAAAGACAACUAUGUAAUGUUGAACACUGGGUUCUAGUAGCACUCCUGUUAUGGAAAUAUUAUAAAUUCACAAUUUAUUAUUGUCCUUCCAUGUAUAUAGAUUUUGAGAUUUUUAUGGCAGUGAAUGUUCAGAUUUUGGUAUUCUGGGUUGUGACACCUUAUAGCCUUGUAGGCAGGUACUGACAUUUCAGAAAACCGGACCAGUGAAGGCCUCUCGUGAACACAGUAAUGAACCUUCAGGUUCCAUGAAAUGCUGGGAAGCUCUUGAGUAGGUGCACAAUUGGAAGCUUCUUAACAAGGGCUCAAUUUCAUGUUGCCUACAUUUUUGGAGCUGAAGAUGGAAACAUUUCACCCCCACAAUAUCAGUAUCUGCCUGCAAGACUGCAUGGUGACACAGUCAAGAAGACUAGAUUCUGAAGACUUCUUCAGUCUAUUUUUGCCUCUGUCCCGUUUGCAUUAUCCUUUAAGUGCUGAAGUGCCACGUUUGUGACUGGUGGGUAAGGUCGUCGUG